CGUAAACGCCUUGUCUCCGCUUUGUCGUUUCGAAUGCCUGGAACCGUUAGUAACAAAGUCUUCUUGAAAAUAAAGAGAGAAGCGGAUCUGGCAUUCAUUGAAAAUGUCCACCACAGAAUACAAUCAUUUGCUCUUUGAAAUAAGCGAAAGGAUCGACGAACUGAAUGCCCUUCAACGUCUUGUUUUUAUGUGCCGAGGGAAGCUAGCCUCUGGCAAUGAAAACAUACACGACGCACUGGCAUUGUUUAAAGAAUUAGAAGAAAACGAUUAUCUUGGUGUUGAUCGCCUCAAACUAAUGAAAGAGCUGUUGAAAAGUGUUAAGGAAUGGACUCUGUUUGGAAAAGUAAAAAAGUUGGAGAAUAAGCGAAAGGAAUACAAAGCCUUGCUUGAGAAGAUUAUUCGUGCACUCGAUGAACUCAAUGAUCUGGAACGGCUGAUCACGAUAUGCGAAGGAAAUAUACGCGAAGAGAGUGAAGGCAACAUUGAUGAUGUGCGCUCCUUGUUUGAAGAGCUAGAAAAACACGAAAACCUGGGAAUCGACUGCCUCGACGUUGUGAAGGUCAUUCUGGCAGAAAUGGGAAAGACCGAUCUUUUAAGGGAAGUGGAAGAGUUUGAAGAACGAAGAGAUCAGGAGGAUGAAUCCGAAGCAAAGAGAGAACAAAGAGCUGCUCUUAUGUCAUCUGUGAGAAGUACGCUAUCGGGAGUGGUGAACAUCAAAACAGUGUUCCAAGUGGUUGCAGGGGGCCUUACAGUCGUUUCAGCAAUGGAGGUGUUGAGUCGUUGGUCCUCAUUUGAUCAACUGGUCGCUGCCGUACAAACCUGUGUUCUUCCAGCUGGUACAAGGCUGGUUCAAAUCAGUGAUGGCUGUGUGUGCCUCACAGUUCAAGCUGAAAGUUUAUCAGCUCUUAAAAGUUUGUGGAAGUUGUAUCAGGAUGGAACCCUUCAAAAACAUCUACACGAUUUCUUUGUCACUGACGAGGUAAGAGAACUUGCUGAUGGAGAGGAUGUGGAGGUGAACGUCACUAUUGAGGAAGAGGAAUAUCAGAAAGCCUGUCUCGACCUCGUGCAAGGGGCUCUAGGAGGUGCAACGAUUGACAAUGUUGAAAAAGGAAGGCGAAACUCUGAUUCAGCUGUGUAUUUCAACGCCAAAGAAUUGCCACUGUCGAGAAUUCAGUGUCUCGAAACGGAAGUGAAAUAUCUCCAUAAAAGAAUUAUACUUCUGGAAGGAAAAAAAGAUAAUAUGGGAUCGUACGCUUUCGAGGAAAAGGAAAUUGCACCUUUAGGUCCACCCGAUGAGAAUUUUGAUUACAAAUCAUGGGACGCCACGAAGAUGGAGAAAGACACUACAAAGGUGAAAGGAUCAGAAGGACGCCAUAGUGAACUAACUAUUAAAUCAAUGGACACAGAAAAAAUGGAUAUGGUACAGAGGUAUUUGGAGAAUGUGCCAGAGAAGUGCAGUGUGAUUACCGAUGCAAGUGACAGCGGUUUGGGAACACGCACUGCUGUGUCUGAAGAGGAAACAGAAGACGGGAGAGAUCCCAAAAGACUUUGCCUUAGAGAUCUGAGGAAAGAAUCAAUUAACGAACUGGAUAGGAGACUUGGUGUUGAUAGAGUUGGGUCAGAAAGGGUUUUUCAGUUUUUCGGUCUUAAAUCGGGCUCCAAGUCUUACAGGUAUCGUUGUGUUUCUCGGAUUGCACAAAGCUUUCCUGACACUCCUGUUGACCUAAUAAGGCAAUGUUUCGAGGCUCUGCAAAUGUACGAUCUUGUUGAUCUUCUGGAAAAGGCGGUGAAACCAAUUUCACUUCAUCCUGUCCUUUCCCCAGAAGAACUACAGACUUUACGGACUGAUAAUCUUCCCACAAAGUGUCACAACAAUGUGGUGGUAUUGGUAGUGAAUGACAGUACGGACAACGUCCUCAACCAAAAGAUUGAGGCAUUCUUUAAAGAAUUGAAUUCGCAGAACGUUGUCACAGUGAUUGAAUCUUCUUCCUCAAAAGAAAACCGCAAGGCACUGAGUGAUUUGAAAAUGAAGCGCAUGCAGAAGGAAAGACUUGUUUUAGAGGCAAAGGAGUUGAUAUCGCCUUCUAAUUAUAUCAGAAGAAAACAAAUGCAGUGGAAAGAACCUUUUCACAGCAGUCGUACUGGGAAUUUUUUUCGUAAAAUCGAGAAUGACGUCGAAGAACUUAGCAAGCAGAUUGAAAUGGACAAACCGCUUAUGGAGAAACUACUGAGAGAGACUGAGAAGGCCAAGACGAUCACAACAUCUGCUAUGGACAACUGGAUUCAGAAUCAAGAGAAAUUCACCGCGAUUGUUUUAGUGUUCGUCAUCGAUGAAAGGAAAUCAAUUUACAAUUAUGAUGAUCUAGCAGAAUGCGUGGCGUCCAAGUUAACAUCGCUUCCGCAUCACACGAAAGUGGUGGUUGGUGCUCCUAGGAGCAUAAUCAUUGAUAAGGUUCCUGAGAUUCUUUCUGUUGGUUCUCCAGGCAUGCCACUUAAAUCUUCGAUCUAUAAUUCGAUGAUCGAGAUUUUCUUCAAACGAUACCAUCAAUUGGAUCUCAUUUCAAUGAUGAGAGAAUUAAAAAGAACUUGUCCAGAACUAAAUCCAGAGCGACGUAUGGAUGUUAUUCGAAGCAAUCUUUCUACUCUUCCAAGUUUUGAGAAAAGAAAAGCACAGGAGCUCGAGCAAAGCUAAUCAUAUGUGAAUUAAACGGAACACUAUUUGAAUAAGAAAUAAUCAUCUACAACUAAGAAGGUACAAUAAGGGACCGGUCAUCCGGUCAUUAGGUAUCGCCUAGGGUGGGGGAUAGACGAUUUUGGUUGUGUCACGAUGAUCCUGAUCCCCCGAAGGCUUUGUAAUGUUAUUAUGAUCCCCUUUUCAUUGGCAGUCAAUAAGCAGUCAGUUUUGCAUGGUCCCCUUUACACUCUGUUGGUAACGACUGAUCCCCCUCCGUUACCCUCCUGGAAACCUAAAAUCCCCCAAAAACCUUACACCCCCUUCCCAGGGGAUGGUUCCGGUCUCCAACUGACUGUUAAGCUCCUUCCUAAAGUUGUAUUUUCCUUGUUUUCAAGUACCGAGGAAACUGUGACUUUAGAUUAAUCUUAUCUUUGAAAUAUUUAUUUUUUCUUGAAUUAGGGAGGAAAUGCUAUUUACAUUCAGAGAUGUUCAUCAUGCUAUUGCGAAAAAAUUUAUUUGCAAAAGCACGACAAAUAAAACCUGGGUAGAGAAUAUACCUGAAUCUUCAUUCUAGGGAAUAUUCUCGAAAUUUUUUUUUCAUAAUUAUCGCCUAGUUGAUAUGAAUUAAUGUUGACUCUUUCCUAGAGCUGAGUAGUAGAGCGGCGGAGGUAUCAAAACGCAAAAACUCGAAGAACUCAAGCAUGAGCGUACGCAAGCUAGUUUUCUCUGUACUGGCAUUUACGUCUUUCUUCCGCUUCGGCGCUUUAUUCGCUGUGUUGCCUCUCUAAGCAAAGAAGAGAGAGAAAAACCUCUAGUGUCUUAAGAGGUUGUCUUUUAUUAGAAAAACAAUUGUCGAUAGCUUUUUAGGGUAGGUACAGAAUUCAUUUAGCAGACAUUUAUCACACGAUGUAACCGUGCAUCCAAAGUUGAUCAUUACAAACAAACAAUAGUUGAGAUAAAUAUAAGAUAGCAACAGAUUAUGAUGCAAAAUUCUGCUUUGGAGACUAGUUUAGAUGUGUUAAUUGGAACUUUGUAACAGCAAGGCAACAAUGUUUUGUAGAAAAUGA